AUAAUAGAGCUCUUGAGGAAUUGGCACAGUGAAAGAAUCGGUUAGAAUUUGUGAUUGAAAACCAAUUUGUAGAAUGAAGCAGGAAAGGAACUGGGUAGUUUUUGCGGUUGAAAAACCCAUUGCUCUUCUAAAAUUCUGCCAUGAAUGAAAAAGAUAAUAUAAUACUGUCAACUGUGUUACUCGGAAUGGAGAUAGAGGCUUUAUGGGAAGAAGUGAGAGAGCUAAGCCUUGGGCAGUUGGGAAGAGUAGAGCGGCUAGACACGCCACCAACUCCACUACAAUUCUUGAGAGACUUUGUCUCCCAAAACAAGCCCUGCAUCAUCUCUAAUGCUACUCUCCAUUGGCCAGCUCUCUCUAACUGGACCAGUGAUUCCUAUCUCAAUCAGGCCCUUUCUGCCUCCUCUGCUUAUUCCCAAAUGGUCUCUGUACACCUUACCCCUAAUGGCCAAGCCGACGCCCUUGUUCCUCUCAAUGAAAUUAGUACAAAGAAUGAUGCAUCGUCUUCACCAUCCAAUUCCUUCUGUUUUGCCUCUGCUCACGUGCAGCAUAUGCCCUUCCCUGAAGCUCUUAAACUCAUCAGCUCUUCUAAUAACAUCAGCGAGAACAUACAGCCCAAAGUCAUAGCUUACGCACAACAACAAAAUGAUUGUCUUCGGUCUGAGUACUCUGUGCUGUCUCCUGACUGCGAUCCUCACAUCCCUUGGGCCUCUGAAGCCCUUGGAUGUCUCCCUGAAGCUGUCAACCUUUGGAUUGGUAACCAUCUUUCAGAGACCUCUUUUCACAAGGACCACUACGAGAAUCUCUAUGCUGUUGUCACUGGCUGCAAGCAUUUCCUCCUCCUUCCUCCUACAGAUGUUCAUCGUAUGUACAUCUGUGACUAUCCUGCUGCCCAAUAUUCCUAUUCUCAGGAGACUGGAGAUUUUACUCUUGAAUUGGAUAAGCCACUCAGAUAUGUUCCCUGGUGUAGUGUGAAUCCUUUCCCUUCUGUGGAGACCAAAGAGGAGGAAAUGGCUAAAUUUCCUUUAUAUUUCCAGGGUCCAAAGCCAUUCGAGUGUACUGUUAAUCCUGGAGAGAUUCUUUACUUGCCAAGCAUGUGGUUCCAUCAUGUUAGACAAAGCCCGGAUGAUAGCGGACGAGCUAUUGCAGUAAAUUAUUGGUAUGAUAUGCAGUUCGAUAUCAAGUAUGCUUACUUCAACUUCUUGCAGUCAAUCCAUCAUCCAGCAAUUAAAAAUGCAAAACUGCCCAAGAUUGAAUGCAAGGAAUCAGAAUCUGAUGCUGAAAAUAGUGAGGGAUGAAAUGGGUUCUGAUUUUUCUUAGCAAAUUUUGCAUCCGCCAGCACUCUAUACUGAAAUGAAAUUGAGGUAUAGGACAAUUUUGCUGUGACCACUGAUAUAUAACUCUUUUUUUGGGACAACUAUAUUUGUUUAUUUGGAAGUUUAAAAUCGUUCAGUUGAGACAUUUUAGAAGCUUCAAUUUUUUGUUGGUGAAAAUUUAUUUGGGAGGUACUCAAGGAAGCGUAUGUUGAAUGUCGCAAGACGUGUCAAGUUUUAUUGCCAAUUCAU